GCCGCGCCCUUCCGCUCCCACAGCGCCCCGCGCCGCAUCAUGGACCACAAUGACAAUGAUUUGCAAGGAACAAAUAGUUCAGGAUCAUUGGGUGGUCUUGAUGUCCGUAGAAGAAUCCCUAUAAAGCUUAUUUCAAAACAGACCAAUAAAACCAAACCUGCACCUCGAACUCCAAGAAAUAUGAACAGGAUGCCUUCGAAGACACAAGCUGGUGAUGAAGAAGAAUUUGAUUAUAACAAAGAGGAGCGAUACGAAUGUAAAGGAGGUGAAAUGUUUGCCAAUCAAAGGAGAUUUCCUGGACCCAUCUUUUGGGACUAUAAGAUAAACUUGCUGGGGGAAAAGGAUGAUACACCAGUCCAUUUCUGUGAUAAGUGUGGAUUGCCCAUCAAAAUGUAUGGACGCAUGAUACCUUGCAAACAUGUUUUCUGCUAUGACUGUGCUAUACUACACGAGAAAAAGGGAGACAAGAUGUGUCCAGGCUGUAACGAACCUGUGCAGCGAAUUGAGCAGUGCGUACGAGGGUCUCUCUUCAUGUGUAGCAUUGUUCAAGGAUGCAAGAGAACUUACCUGUCACAGAGGGACUUACAAGCUCACAUCAACCACCGUCACAUGAGAGCUGGGAAGCCUGUUACUCGUCCUCCCAUUGAACCCGUACAUCCUCCUAUUGCCCCUCCGCCGGCUGAAAUUCCUGAGCGUUUCAUAAUGCCCCCUGAGAAACAUCACCUGAGCCACAUUCCGCCGAAGCAGCACAUCAUGAUGCCACCACCUCCUUUGCAGCAUGUGCCACACGAGCACUACAACCAGCCCCACGAGGAUAUCCGUGCUCCUCCCGCAGAGAUGUCCAUGGCUCCGCCGCCACCCCGCCCAGUCAGCCAGGACACCUUCCGCAUCUCAACGAGAAAACACAGCAACUUAAUAACUGUCCCCAUUCAGGAUGACUCCAAUUCAGGUGCUCGAGAGCCACCUCCACCAGCACCCGCACCUGCUCACCAUCAUCCUGAAUACCAGGGUCAGCCAGUGGUGUCACACCCUCAUCACAUUAUGCCUCCCCAGCAGCACUAUGCGCCGCCCCCGCCGCCGCCCCCGCCCAUCAGCCACCCUCUGCAGCACCCUCCACAGGCGGCAGGCACCCCUCACAUGGUGUACAGCCAGGCUCCUCCGCCACCAAUGACCUCUGCCCCUCCGCCCAUAACCCCGCCGCCCGGACACAUCAUUGCCCAGAUGCCACCCUACAUGAACCAUCCUCCUCCGGGACCUCCCCCUCCUCAGCAUGGAGGCCCACCUGUAAAUGUAAAUGCACCCCCUCCCCAUCACUAUAAUCCCAACUCUUUGCCACAGUUCAGUGAAGAUCAAGGAACUCUUAGUCCCCCUUUCACACAGCCUGGGGGAAUGAGUCCAGGGAUAUGGCCAGCUCCAAGGGGGCCGCCCCCACCUCCAAGGAUGCAAGGGCCUCCUGCUCAGGCCCCCCUUCCUGGACCACAUCACCCUGAUCAAGCCAGAUACAGACCCUAUUACCAAUGAUACAAGCAACUAUAUGAAUAGAGAAUGCCAUGAAGAGAAUAAAACUAAAUACAGAAGCCUUUUAAUUAAUUGUUUUGGGGUUAUUUUGUUGUGGUUUUUUAAAAAUACUGUCAUUUUGACUGUAAGACAUUUUGAGGUUUGAAUCUUAAAUGACUUUUAAGCCUUGACCGUAGGACUCUUAACUUCAAAUACUCUGUAGUGCUAAAAUAAGUGGCUUAGUAGACCACAGUUGCAUUUUAACAGAACUGUCGCUAGUGUGGCUAAAUUGUCCUAAGAUGAUCACUUGUAAUAUUAUUUCCUGGAGAAGAUGAACACGUGUUGUACCAUUCUGAAUAUUGUUUUUGUUAAAUCCAGUGUUUUUGUUAACCUGUGUACGAUAAUUAAAUUGAAAUAUGGUUGUAAAUGUGGUGAGUUUUUAUAUGAAGUUAACGUACAUAUAGUUCUGGGACACCAUUUCAACACUAAUUCCUUCCAAAUGGCAACGUAGUGAAAUAUUAAAGGAACUUUAAUAUUUCUCCUACUGCCAUUUACCAUUACUCAUAAUGAUUUCAGGCUGUAAUGAAUUCUUGGCACUAGAAAUCAGACAUGCAGAAUUCUGCAUUUACCACAUUCCAGCUUUUCUGGUUUUUUCUUUAUGUAGCAAGAUGAAUCUAUCAAAGAUACAGCUUUAGGCAUGACAUGAAACCAUGUAUUGUGGGGUUUUUUGUUUGGGAUUUUGGAGUUUGUUUUAAAGCUAGUUUUGAUUCCGAAGGUUCUGUUUACAUGUUAGCUACUCACUGGAGUUGAAUUCAAACUACUGUGUUUACCUAUGGCUGUGUUUGUGUGGAAGUGGCUGUGAACUGGCUUGCCAUGUCUGUGAAGAGCAGCUUCUUUUAGGUAGGGAAGUCAUGUUUGCCUCACUUUAUAUAAUGUGUACAGUAGGAAAACUUCGCAUUUGCAUAAUAUGAAAGAAGUGGUCUGAAAUCCCAUGUGUAGUUAAAAAAAAUAAAAGGCUACACUAUU